CGAAAUGUGAAGGGUCAUGGCGAGCGUAUAAAUGCCGGCCUCCCUGGACGAGGGGGUGUCGCGGAUCUUUCUCCGGAUCUUCACCUCUCUCUCUCUCUCUCGGACUCUACUGUCACACGAGUCAGUUCUCCCCUCCUUUCCUGUCCUCACUAAAGAGCCAGAAUGCCACACGCUUACCCUUUCUUGACUCCUGAGCAGAAGAAGGAGCUCAGUGACAUUGCUCAGAGGAUUGUUGCUCCCGGCAAGGGCAUCCUCGCUGCGGACGAGUCCACAGGCAGCGUUGCUAAGCGCUUCCAGAGCAUCAAUGCGGAGAACACCGAGGAGAACAGGAGGCUGUACAGGCAGCUGCUGUUCACCGCCGACGACCGCGUCAAGCCCUGCAUCGGAGGCGUGAUCUUCUUCCACGAGACCCUCUACCAGAAGGCCGACGAUGGCAAGCUCUUCCCCCAGCUGAUCAAGGAGAAAGGCAUGGUGGUCGGCAUCAAGGUCGAUAAGGGUGUUGUCCCCCUGGCCGGCACCAACGGCGAGACCACCACCCAGGGUCUUGACGGACUGUACGAGCGCUGUGCUCAGUACAAGAAGGAUGGCGCCGACUUUGCCAAGUGGCGCUGCGUGCUGAAGAUCACCCCCACCACCCCCUCCCGCCUGGCCAUCAUUGAGAACGCCAACGUCCUGGCCAGAUAUGCCAGCAUCUGCCAGAUGCAUGGCAUCGUGCCCAUCGUGGAGCCCGAGAUUCUGCCUGACGGCGACCACGACCUGAAGCGCUGCCAGUACGUGACCGAGAAGGUCCUGGCCGCCGUCUACAAGGCCCUGUCCGACCACCACGUCUACCUGGAGGGGACCCUGCUCAAGCCCAACAUGGUCACCGCCGGACACUCCUGCUCCCACAAGUACACUCCCCAGGAGGUCGCCAUGGCUACUGUUACCGCCCUGCGUCGUACAGUGCCCCCUGCAGUUCCCGGAGUCACCUUCCUGUCUGGUGGCCAGAGUGAGGAGGAGGCCUCCAUCCACCUGAACGCCAUCAACCAGUGUCCUCUGCACAGGCCAUGGGCCCUCACCUUCUCCUACGGCCGCGCCCUGCAGGCAUCUGCCCUCAAGGCCUGGGGAGGCAAGAAGGAGAACGGCAAGGCCUGCCAGGAGGAGUACAUCAAGAGAGCCCUGAACAACAGCCAGGCUGCCCUGGGCAAAUACGUGUCCGCCGGGGACAAGGGCGCCGCCGCCGGGGAGUCCCUCUUCGUGGCCAACCACGCCUAUUAGACGCCGACGCUUUUCUGCGCACCGCCCCCCCUCACCCCCCACACCCCAAGGAAGUGGAACCGCCAGGGCUCCCGUAACGUUCACUCUGCUAAGACUCCUCCCACCUCCCAUUCUGUACUAGUGAUGCCAUUUCGAUGUCUAGCGAGGGAGAGAGAAGCACGUCCCACAAACAUGGCCGUUUGCUUUCCGACUCUGGUGCGGGAGAUGGAAGAUCCAGAAAUCAUCCGCCCCCAUUCCUGUCUCUGCUCCCCCCCCCCCCCCCCCCGUCUCCAAGCACCUCUAAGGUGUGAGGAUUCCAUUUCCUUUGUGAUGUAAUUACAUGAUUCCACACAUGAGCCUUUUCUUGUCUCUAACAGCUAAGGCAAGAAGAUAUUGAGCAUAUUGUAAACACUGGAAAUAGAGAAAUAAAUUAUCUUAUCCACCA